ACAAAAACAAACAACACAACAAUCCUGGACUCCUGGAGUUUAUACUGUCGUUGAAUUUGGUAAUCCGGAUCUCUCUCAAAUCUCAUCACAAGUCCACUGAAAACCCAGAUUCAGGAGAGAGAAAAUGGUGACCAAAUUAGACGAGACAGAAUUGAAGAGAUUAGAGUCGCAAGUUGAGCACGGUGGAGGAGGUGCAUGGGAGUACCUUUGUUUGGUUCGAAAGCUCAAAAUUCGACGCUCUGAUAAGGUUUUGAAGCAUGGAUUAUUGAUCUUGAAUGAUCCCAAGAAACGAUCUAGUAUUGGGGACGAAGAAUGGACUUUAUACGAGCAAGUUGCCAUUGCAGCCAUGGACUGCAAUUCUCUUGAUACUGCCAGGGAUUGCAUUAAUGUGCUGAGCAAGAAAUUCCCAGAGAGCAAAAGGGUUGGUAGGUUAGAGGCGAUGUUGCUAGAAGCUAAGGGUUGUUGGGAAGAGGCAGAAAAUGCUUACUCAAGUCUUCUAGAAGACAACCCACUUGAUCAAGUGGUCCAUAAAAGAAAAGUGGCGAUGGCAAAGGCUGAAGGCGAUCUUCUUAAAGCCAUUGAAUGCCUUAGCAAGUAUCUAAAAGUAUUUAUGGCAGAUAAUGAUGCAUGGAGGGAACUUGCAGAAAUUUAUGUUUCGCUGCAGAUGUAUAAGCAAGCUGCUUUUUGCUACGAGGAGCUUAUAUUAGCUCAACCCACUGUUCCUGUGUAUCACCUUGCCUAUGCUGAUGUACUUUACACUCUCGGGGGACUGGAAAACAUUCAGACAGCCAAGAAAUACUAUGCUGCCACUAUAGAUUUUACAGGAGGCAAGAACACUAGGGCACUCUAUGGUGUUUGCCUGUGCACCGCCGCCAUUGGGCAAUUGGCUAAAGGCCGAAACAAGGAUGAUAAAGAGGGUGAGUUGCAUACUCUUGCUGCCAAAGUCUUGGAGAAAGACUACAAAUAUAGGGCCCCCGACAAGCUUCCUCUGCUCACAUCUACGUUGAAAACAUUGAAACUUUCAUCGUAGUUCUUCAAUAAUCGAGUUAUUUAUGUGUUCAUUAUCAUGUGCUAAAUCGGCCAAAAACUCUAAAUUUUGUUUCCUACGAUUGGUUUCUUGUGUCAUUUUCUUCUUCUUCUUUGUUGUUACUAGUCUAAUAGUCUUGAUCUAAUUUUUGGGUAUUUUCUAAGUGAUUCUCCCUUCUGUUGGAGUUUUAUACAUCUAUGUUAGAAGGAUCUAAAAUUGAUGCAUGCUCAUCAGAGGAGCUGGUGUAAAAUGUCUUUGGAUUUUUUCCUUUUCAAUCUUUCCGUGGUUUGUUUUGGUAAGGGUUAGAAAACAAUUUUUUGACGAUAAUUUCAAUGGUGGUUAAGAAGUAACCAAGAGUUUUGUUA